GACACCUCCCCUGCCCUGUAGGAGCACAGAACAGAGUGCUGCAAUCCAAUGAGAUUCCGGUGGGCGGGGCUACAGCCUGGUUCUUCAUUCAUGAUUUAAUCUGGCAAAUAUGUUUUUCUCGCUGUGUCAGUCAGAAGAAAGGUCUAACAGGGCAGGAGACUAUUGUACAGGAAGUGUUCCUACACAGACGACCACAAACUAACAAUAUGACAGAGAACCAAAGACAGAAUGAGGUCACCAUUGAAAGCUCCUCAGAUGGUGCAGAGGAGUACCAGAUGGGCAACAAACGACGAGGUCUUGCACUCAUUUUUAAUCAGAAAGACUUCUUCUGGCGCCGGGAACUGCCUGAGAGGCGUGGAACCAAUGUUGAUCGUGACAACUUGGAGAAAAGACUGAAGGAUCUAAACUUUGAAGUGAAAUGUCACAAUAACCUCAAGCUGGAGGCAGUCCUAGAUGAAAUCGCCAAAGCUGCGGAGGAAGAUCACUCAGAUGCUGAUUGCUUUUUGCUCGCCUUCCUGAGUCAUGGAGAUGAUAACCACGUUUAUUGCUACGAUGGAAAAAUCAGUAUCCAGGAGAUCACGUCCAAGUUCAAAGGGGACAAGUGCCCGGACCUUGUUGGAAAGCCAAAGAUCUUCAUAAUACAGGCAUGUCGCGGAAAAGAGUUUGAUGUGUCAGUUACAGUGACCGAAGCUUCUACGAUGGAGUCUGAAGAAAAGGUGUUCAUGGAUGCCAGCACCAUACAGACCCUCCCUGCUGGGGCUGAUUUCAUCAUGUGCUAUUCUGUGGCUCAGGGCUACUACUCCUUCCGGGAGAGGGAAAACGGUUCGUGGUAUAUCCAGGAUCUCUGUCAGCUGCUUCAAAAGUAUGGUGAUAGCCUGGAAUUCACAGAGUUACUCACGCGGGUCAACAGAAAAGUGUCACUGAGGAAUAUUCCAACACCAUGUCAACCAAGAUUUAUCGGGAAGAAGCAAAUGCCUUGUUUUGCUUCAAUGCUCACCAAGAAACUUUACUUCCAACCAAAAAAGUAACAAUGACACACCUCAGUCUCAAAAUGAUCAGGUUUAUAUUUGUUGUUCAACUAUGUUGUUCUGUGUCCCUAUUACUUUUAAGCUUUAGUGCUUGAAUCGCUUUAAAAUUGCAUGCUGAUUAUGAACCCCAGUCUUUGUAAAACUACUGUACUGAAAUGACUCUAGAAGCAACAGAAUGAUGCUUUAGUGCACAGAAAUACAUUCAUUUUGUCUUAUUUUAUAUCAAGUUCAGAACAGUUUACAGUGGACCCUUCCACUGAAAAGUCAGGGAGUCUUGGCGGUUGAGUCAGUUUCGACUUUGUCUUUGAGCCAGUUAUUUUUCAGACGAGACAGCUUAGCAAUCAGGAAACGAAAUCAGGAUUUUUGUACACAUUAGUUUCAUCCAUACAUAUCUCACUGUAAGCCUCAGGGAUCCAGUAACAUUAACAAACUGUCUAAACAUUACGUAAUCACAGUGUUUCCUCAAGCUUAUCCAAUCCAAUUUUAUUUAUAAAGCACUUUAAAAUACCCAGCACAGGAACAAAGUGCUGUACAGAAAAUAAGUUAAAACAAUAGAAUAACAGAAAACAGCAAAAUAAAUAAAUAAAACACAUAAAACAUAAAAUUAAAACAGCCCUAUGUUAAAACAAAAACAAGAUAAAACAGCAUCGAAUCACCUAAAAACAACUAAAAUAAAAAACCAACAUCUCACGUGGUGUCAAAGGCCAGGGUAAAGAGGUGGGUUUUCAAGAGUGACUUAAAAACAGAUAAAGAACUGGCCUGUCUAAUCUCUAAAGGAAGCUCGUUCCACAGUUUGGGAGCUGCUACAGCAAAAGCACGAUCUCCUCUAAGUUUACGCCCAGUCCUAGGUAUCUUCAGGAGCAGCUGAUCAGCUGACCUGAGAGAGCGGGUGGGUGUAUAAGGCUGUAGCAGCUCAGAGAGAUAAGAUGGAGCUAGGCCAUGGAGAGCUUUAAAAGUAAAUAAAAGAAUUUUAAAAUGAAUCCUAAAAGAAAUGGGCAGCCAGUGACGUGAAGCUAAAACAGGGGAAAUGUGCUCAAACUUUCGAGUGCCAGUUAAAAGACGAGCUGCGGCAUUUUGCACCCUCUGUAGAUGGCUAAUAUAUGAUGCGCUGACCCCAAUAUAAAGUGCAUUACAGUAAUCCAGCCGAGUGCUAACAAAGGCGUGGAUCACUGUCUCAAAGUGCUGCCGUGAAAGACUUGGCUUUAUUUUUGCCAGCUGCCUGAGGUGAAAGAAGCUAGAUUUUACCACUGCCUUAAUUUGAUUAUCAAACUUCAGAUCACAGUCCACUUUGACCCCCAGGUUUGUGACAGUUGGCUUAACAUACUGUGCCAGGGAAUCUACAUACACAUUGGGGGUCUCAGUGGGGCUACCAAAAACCAUCACCUCUGUCUUUUUAUCAUUGAAUUUUAAAAAGUUAACAGACAUCCAAGCCUUAAUGUCAUCAAGCCAAGUAAUGGCUGUGUAAGAUAUCUGCCUUUUUUCUUUAGAGGGACAUAGAUCUGACAGUCAUCAGCAUAAAAGUGGAAAGCAAUGCUGUGAUUUCUCAGUACAGAACCAAGAGGAAGCAGAUAUAAAGAGAAGAGGAGGAGGCCUAGAACUGAGCCCUGUGGGACACCACACAAGAGGGGAGCAGAGGACGACACAUAGUCACCAAAGCUGACACAAAAAGUUUGCCCCGUCAAGUAGGACCUAAACCACUCCAGUGCUGUGCCCCUAAUGCCCACCCAGUGCUCCAAACGAGAGAAUAAAAUGGCAUGAUCCACGGUAUCAAACGCAGCUGUCAAAUCUAAAAGCACAAGAACAACACAGUCCCCAGCAUCAGUCGCUAAAAAUAUGUCAUUAAAAACUUUUAAAAGGGCUGAUUCAGUGCUAUGAAAGGAUUUAAAACCAGAUUGGAAAACCUCUAAAACAUUUUGCUUUUCCAGGAAGGCCAUUAUUUGGCUGUAAACUACCUUUUCAAGAAUUUUGGAAAGAAAAGGUAGUUUGGAGAUAGGCCUGUAAUUUGCAAUAACCGUAGGAUCAAGAGCAGGUUUUUUAAUCAGGGGUUUGACUACUGCAUGUUUAAAAUCUUUAGGGACAACACCUGACAUCAGACUAUGGUUUACCAGCUCAAGAACCAAAGGACCAACUGUAGGUAACACCUCUCUUAAAAGUCGAGGAGGGACAGCAUCAUUUGGAGAUGCUUACUACUUAAAAAAAGGGAAUUUCUGUUCUGUAAUGUGUAUUUGCAUUUACACAUUGACAGUGUAUUUUUUGCAUUACUUUAAUGAUUUUAUGGAUUUUACUUACUGCUUUGCCCUCAAUAAAAUUUCUUACUUUA